CAUAAACUUGUCUCUACAAACUACCGGACUUCUCCAGAAUGAUUCCCUCCAAAAGCUGCACUGUACCGGCCCGCGCACCUCCGAAAACAGAGGAACGACGAUAGAGAGCAGCGGCGGCCGCGGCGGCGUGAGAAGCAGAGGCAAAAGCAACCAAGGGACGCGACUCGCGAGGUCUCUAUGAGGAAUUGGCUGAAGGCGCCGCUGCUAGGUGCGCUGGGCGUGGCCGAGCUGCUCGUCAGCGCGGUCAUCCACCUCGGCUACGGCUUCUACAUCUUCGGCGCCGCCAUCGCAGCCGACCUCUCGUUAGCCCUCGUGGAAGGCCUGACCGGUGGUGGCGAGGGUGGCGUGGCCAAGAACGUCGUUGAGGCGGAGGAUGAGGCCGCGGCGGUGCUCGACGGGGCCGUGCCGCCGAUCGUGCUGGUGCACGGCAUCUUCGGGUUCGGCAAAGGCAGGCUGGGAGGGCUGUCGUACUUCGCCGGCGCGGAGAAGAAGGACAACCGCGUGCUGGUGCCGGACUUGGGUUCUCUCACGAGCGUCCAUGACAGGGCUCGAGAGUUGUUCUACUACCUGAAAGGAGGGCAGGUGGACUACGGGGAGGAGCACAGCAGGGCGUACGGGCACUCCCGGUUCGGCAGAGCCUAUGAGCGUGGUCACUACCCGAUCUGGGACGAGGAGCACCCGGUCCACUUCGUCGGCCACUCGGCCGGCGCGCAGGUCAUCCGCCUCUUGCAGCAGAUGCUCCACGACAAGGCGUUCGAGGGGCACGAUGACACCUCGGAGAACUGGGUGCUGAGCAUUACCUCCCUCUCCGGCGCGCUCAACGGCUGCACGCGCGCCUAUCUCGACGGAAUGCGGACGGAGGACGGCACGUCGCUGCGGCCCGUCUGCCUGCUCCAGAUCUGCCGUGUCGGCAGCAUCCUGUACCACUGGCUCGACCUCCCCUGGCUCAAGCGCUACUACGACUUCGGCUUCGACCACUUCGGCAUGUCGCGGCGCCUCGUCGGCGCUUCCGGCGUGGCCAACCUGCUGCUGGUGGGAGCCGGAGAUGGCACGGGCCCGUUCGGCACGGGAGACUGGAUCCUGCCCGACCUGACGAUCCAGGGCGCGGCCAGGAUCAACGCCAGGGUGCGCACGUUCCCGGGCACGUUCUACUUCAGCUACGCGAGCAGGCGGACCGCCAGGGUGGGGGGCGUCACCGUGCCGUCCGGGGUGCUGAGGAUCCACCCGCUGCUCUUCAUCCGCGUCAUGCAGAUGUGCCGGUGGCGCUACCCCGCCGACGCCGAGCCGCCCUACAAAGGUUACAGGGAUGAAGACUGGGAAGACAAUGACGGUGCGCUGAACACCUUCUCGAUGACCCAUCCUCGGAUCCCCGAGGAGCAUCCGAGCCUCUUGGUCGAGAAUGAUUCAGAUUGCCAUCCACUUCGACCAGGCAUCUGGUACUACAAGAUCGUGGAGGCGGAUCACAUGACGUUCGUCAUCAACAGAAAGAGGGGAGGCGUGCAGUUCGACCUCAUCUACGACAGCAUCUUCGAGAACUGCAGGAAGCAUGUCUUCAGGACAGCUCCUCCGCCUACGCUUCCAAAUCAGAACUGACUCACUCUGGGCUAAGGACUCGUCACAAAGAAAAUCAUCCUCUUCACAUGAGGCAGUACAUGGAAUCCGCCGUCCAUUCUUUCAGUGAUCGCUUCUGAUUGAUUCGUAUGAAUAUUCGAUUUUUGCUCUACUCUAAAUAGGCGUGUGGAGUUAGAGAGUGACUCAUUUCAGAUGAGAUAGAGAUGGGCAUUAUAAAGUCCCUAAAUUCAGAGACAGGAGACAAAGGAAACAGAUUUCAGACAUGAUCAAUCAUAUUGUAUAUAUAAAUACAGAACGAACUUGAUGUUACUGUAAAAACUUUCCUCUCACAUAUUUGGGAAAUUAGUUGUUGGUCCCUGUGAAUGGAAACAAAGC